AUGGCCCGCUACAAACACAUCCUCACCAGCACAGUACCACGAUCUUCAGAAACCCCUGGUUCACGCUUUCCACCCCCCAUCUCAUCACCACAGUUCAAAACGCAAAGCAACCCUGCUCCGCCGUCGUUCGCAAUGCUUUUCAGCCUCAUCCUAAUCCCUCUCCACUCCCUUCCCGCUUUUGCAAGCUUCAACAAGGCCCGCGCCACCGGAAGCUACCAAUGCCGCAUAAUCGGUGACGCUAUCGUCGUCAACAAAGAGCUCGUCCCACUCGAAGACUACAUCCUCGAGCUCAUCGUCGCCUAUGGGAAACACUCAGCGUCCGCGCACGCCGCUUUCGACGCAGUUCGAUACGCAGGUCUCGAGCUCCCGGAGCAUCCAGGGAAGGAAGAUAUAUCAGUGCCUCCGAAUAAGGGCUUCUCAUCGGUUUUUAAUCAAUCAAUCACUGCCGUAGAGCGUGCGGCAAAGGUGGAGGGGCAGUUGAGGCGUUUCGAUAAUGCGCUGAAGGAUGGAGGGGGGAUGCCUAAGAGGGGAUCGAUGAAGAAGGUUGUGCAGCUGGUGCUCGAGGAGGUGGAGCACGUGAACGCCCGAUUGGUGAAUCAGAAGGAGAUAUUGAGAGCGACGAGGGACUACAUAUGCCGGCCCGGGAUAUGCCAAGACGUAGAUGGGGAGCUAGAAGAGCUCAGCAACUUUAUCUUCCAGAAGUAUAAGGUCGGCGAAGCGGACAUCUCGCCGGAGGACUACAGGAAGAUCCUGAGUAUGCUGGAUUCCCUGGAGGAUGAUCGACUGCUAGAUCAUGUUGACGAGCUACGAACCCGUGGCAUUGCGCACCCGCUCGAUUUAGAUGACCAAGAUUCUCAGGCGCCUUCUGAAUUCAGUGGGUAA